GUGACAAGAGAUAAGAACUUCCUGCUAGAACGACUGAUGAAGUACGAAGGAGUUACAAGCGAGUCAGACUCAGAUGACGAGGCUAAACUAAGCGAGACAAGAGUAGACAAGGCUUCUCUCCUGCACCUCCCUCCUUCAAACGACCAAACGUGCUGGCUGUAACACCGGGCCACACUCCGGCUUCCAUCACCAUGCCUUCACCCAGAGGCAUCAUGAUGCAGAGCCCAAACAACGAAAGUCCCCGACCAAACCACAGUCCGACAGUACCCAGUCCAACAAAUGCGACCUUCCCCAGUCCAGCUCACACAGCGACCCUCACAACUACUACCAGCAGUCCCAAGAAUAGCCCUCGGUCAAGAAAAGCAAGUUCGAACGACACAGGAAAACAAGCACUGCCCAGGAAGAUCCCUUUCCCAUCAUCAGAGUCUAAUAUCGGUCCUGGUUCCAAACAGAUCACCAGAUUACCGUCGGUUAGUCAGGAAGAGCCCUCGGUUUCAUUCUGCUCUCAUGUUGAAAACGGAGUUCAGUGUACUACUGAGAUUACGAAAAAGUCAAAAACAAAACUGUGUGGUGCACAUAGAAGGAUGUUGAACAAAAAGAAAAAGCAACAAAAUGCCGGUGAACCUGAUAACAUCGUGUUAAAUUCGCCUAACCCUCACACGCCAUCAUCAACUCUGGCAUCUUCUCCUGCUUCCCUGACCUCACAAUCUCCUCACCCCACCCCAAAUAACUCUAACGAUGGGAUGAUGUCACAAGGCAUGCUCCAUUCUACUCAUAUGAACUAUAACCGACCACCAAAUGCUUCAGUUCCUCCUCAAAACUUCCCUCGACCUCCUCACAUGUUCCCUCAAAACCCUCAGAUGCAACACCUUCAGAUGCAGCAGUACCAGCUUCAGAUGAAACGGAUGAUGUUUCAGAAUCCCAAAGAAUACUAUGCUCAGCAACAGCAGUUUCAGCAGUUUCAGCAACAGCAAGCUCAGCAUUACCAACAGCAGCAACAAAGAGCACAGCAACUCCACCAAGGUGCAAAUGUGCCAACUUCUUCUGCUGCCGGUCCUAGUGGUGUACCAGCUCAGCCGCCAGCUCAACCUGGUAAUCCAACCCAGUCUGGUAACCAAAACAUGCUGCCUCCUUCUGCUUCAAAAGAGCAACAGCCUGAACCAAAGAGCAAACCUCCGGCUUCUAACAGUAACGCUCCUUCUGCACCAGAGGUAACUCAACCACAAGCCACUUCGACUCCUAAACAUUCUCCAAGUCAGAAGUCAAGUAGCUCGAGCCAGAAGUCUAAUUCUAAUCAACAACAACAGAUGCAUCAGAUUCAAGUGAAUUCACAGAAUACAUCUGCUAAUCAUCCGAGUUCUAUGCCUGUGCAACCAAUGCUAACACAACCUAGCAGCAGCUCAAGCCAUUCAACUCCUAGCCAACCGAAGCAAGGAUCCAACAAUUCACAGCAGCACUCAAAUCAGCAACAUAAAUCAAGCAGUCGUAAACAAUCGCCCUCAACUCAAAAGUCUGAGGGAACUCAUUCAAACAGACAACCCAUUGUCCCGGUUUCCCUGAAUCAGCAGUCUAGCGGGCCAAACAAUGUGAAUCAGAAUAUGAGUCACCAGCAGCGCCACAAUUCAGGUCCUAUUUCAGCAGGCCAGCACCGACCUCAAAUAACCAGUCCACGUCUUCAACAGUUCCCUCCAGGUGCGCAUCCCUUGCAAGUUACACAACAACAACCUUCACCUGUGUCCCACACUCAACAAGUACUUCAAGCUCAGGCCAUGAACUCAAGAAAUGCCACCUCGCAAAGUCAGAUGCAGCCUCCUCAAUUACCUGCCAGUCAAGCUCAAAAAGCUCACAACCCAAAUACUCAAGGACAUCAGAUGCCGAGCUCGCAGUCUCAUCAGAUACCGCUGUCCCAGCAUCAGCUUCACCAGCAGCUCACUCCUAAACAGCUGGCACAUUUGCAGGCACAGCAACAAAGACAGUUCCAGCUCCAGUUAGCAGCAGCUGCUCAACAGCAGAAGAUAGCUCAGCAUCAACAGGCUGCCAGACUUGCACAGAACCAACAUUACGCCAACAUGGGACUCAGUGCUUCUCCCAGAUUCCCGUUGAACAUUCCACAGCAACAGGCUCAACAGCAAGCACAACAACAGGCACAGCAACAGGCCCAACAAGCGCAAGCACAACAACAACAACAGGCACAACAACAAGCACAACAACAAGCGCAACAACAAGCGCAACAGCAAGCCAAACAGCAAGCGCAAGCACAACAGCAAGCUCAACAAAUUCAGCAAGCUCAGCAACAACAAAAAUCUGCCAUGGCUGCUGCUGUUACGAGCUCAAACCACCCUCCUAGUGUCCCUUCAAAGAAGGAGCCAGAGAAGGCUCCAGAACAGCCGACAUCUGGGGGUCCUGCUAAACCACCAGAUCUGGGGGAGCUGCCUCCAGAACUACUAGCCGGAUUAGACGCUUCAUUGGAGGGUAUGGAGGAUGUGAGCUGAUAGAAUAUUUUAGAUCGUUCUACUGUGUCGCUGGAUCAAGAUGUAUUGUUGCCGACGCUUGAUAACUUCAAUUCGAAAGAAUGCGCAUCGAGUCGCAAAGAAGACAAUAGACACUUGGCUACCGUUUUAGUUUUCAGAGGAAUUACGUGUGAUGGAUAUUUAACUUUUGUACGAUAAAUUUCAAUGAAAAUUAAGCUAACGUAAUAUGAAUAUUUGUUGAUUGAUAGCCAUAAUAUAAAAUGCUUAAUCGAAACAGUAACUUCCUCUUUAUUAAUGAAUCCAAUAUCAUUCGACGGCCAAUAUCUUUUGCACACGCAACUGUGUACAUUUUUAUUGAAUAGUUGAAUGUAUUACUAUGUUGUUAUUGGAUCAAUUUUAUAGUAAUUAUCAUAAAUACUUGGUAUGCUUAUGAUAUGAGAAUUUAGAUAUAUUGAG